CUGAAAUUGUAAUGUCGUCGACUGCCACUGACGUGUAGCAUGCGACAAUUCGAGGGCAACCUUCCACACAUGUAAUUUACGUUAAAACAUCCCAGAAGACAGUUCAUCAUCAAAUAAAAAUGCUUUCGUUAAGAAGAGGGGUUUUGUUGGCGGUUCAGAGGCAGCAUUGCCGGUAUUUCUCUGGGUCACAAAACAACUGGAAUGCCAGAAAAGGUUUGGUAUUGGGCGUGUAUAAUGAAGGAAAAGAGGGUAGCACCUUCCAGCUGACAGAGGCAACUGCAGCCUUUGACCGUGCCCUGUCUGGCAAACUCACCGAGCUGCUGAAAAUAUCUGGCCCACCACUAACAAAGGGAAAAAACAGGAUAUUCUAUGGUGUCCAUGAGGAUUUCCCAUGUGUAGCGGUGGUGGGUUUGGGUAAGAACAACGAAGGUGUGUGCGGAACGGAAUACUGGGACACAUGCAAAGAGAACAUCAGAGCUGCAGUGUCAGCGGGUUGCAGGCUGCUCCAGGACCAUGAGGUGAGCCAUGUGGAGGUGGAUGGGUGUGGUGAUGCCCAGUCGGCUGCAGAGGGUGCUGUGCUUGGACUGUUCCAGUAUGAUGACCUCAAGACCAAGAAGAAACCUAGAGUCACCACGCAACCACACAGGAGUGCAGACGUGGCAGGGUGGGAGAAGGGAAUCCUAUAUGGUGAAGGCCAGAAUCUGGCCCGUCUACUCAUGGAGGCUCCAGCUAAUUACAUCACCCCUACCGUGUUCGCAGAAACCAUCGAGCAGAAACUGUCACCCUACGCUGACAGAGUCACUGUCCACAAGAGGCCUCAGGGCUGGAUAGAAGAGCAGAACAUGGGGGCAUUCCUGAGUGUGUCCAAAGGCUCGGAGGAGCCCCCUGUCUUCUUGGAGCUGCACUAUAACGGCUGCCCUGACCACACACACACCCCACUGCUGCUGGUUGGCAAGGGGAUCACAUUCGACAGUGGUGGUAUUUCUCUCAAGCCCUCUUCUGGUAUGGAUGCCAUGAGAGCCGAUAUGGGAGGUGCUGCUACUGUGUGUGCGUCCAUCGUCACAGCAGCGGCUCUCAAGCUGCCCAUCAACAUCAUUGGCCUGGCCCCUCUUUGUGAGAACAUGCCCAGUGGGAAGGCCAACAAGCCAGGUGAUGUGGUCAGGGCCAAGAAUGGAAAGACAAUUCAAGUGGACAACACCGAUGCUGAGGGCAGAUUGAUUCUGGCUGACGCACUCUGUUACGCUCACAGCUUCAACCCACGGGCAAUCGUCAACGCUGCCACACUAACUGGGGCAAUGGAUGUUGCUUUGGGUUCAGCAGCAACAGGGGUGUUUACAAACUCCGAUUGGCUCUGGAAUGAACUCCACAAGGCCAGUGUGAUGACAGGAGACAGAGUAUGGAGGAUGCCCCUGUUCCAACACUACACCCGACAGGUGACUGACAGCCAGCUGGCUGACCUCAACAACGUUGGGAAGUACAGUCGGUCUGGUGGAGCCUGCACAGCGGCUGCGUUUCUGAGAGAAUUUGUGACGUCGCCUCAUUGGGCGCAUCUGGACAUUGCUGGGGUGAUGAGCAAUAAGGACGAGGUUCCCUACCUGAGGAAAGGAAUGUCAGGACGGCCCACUCGGACAUUGGUGGAAUUUGCUGCCAGGCUGGCUAACCAAUCAUGACACACACAUUGAGAGAGGUGCAUGUAAACAAUGAUUCAAAGCAUAAGUAGCUCUCAAAUAUUUUGAGAUUUGUGUUAACUGUAGAGAAGAACACUUUGUAUUGUAUAUUUGAUUAAAAUACAACUGAGUCGAUCUGUGCAGGCCCUUUAUCACAACUUUUUCAACAUUACAGAAAAUGUGUUUGAGCAGAACACUGUUCCAAACACCUGAGCAAAGCUGGUUGUACAAUACUUUUUGUUUAAAUUGAACUGUACCAUGUUACAUUAAACGUGGUGUAGUUUCACUUGAAUUGUAUGUUAAUACAUUUAAUUAUAUCACAAUUUUUGUUUGGAUAUAAACUAAUGAAUGUGCAUAGUGUGUUUUCUGUGAACUAUCAUCAUCCACUGCGCAUGCGUGUUCUGUAUAAAGUAAAUUCAAAGAUGGCUUCUUCCAUGGGUGGAAUGUUUCCCGGCCAACAACCGACUGGUCCUCACCCAGUCGGAGGUACUGGGGGGCCGGGACAACCGGGUUUACUGUCCGGUCCACCAGGAGGACGACUUCAGGGAAAUAACACUUUGGUGGAUGAUUUAGAGGCAUCUUUCGAGGCUUGCUUUGCUUCCCUCGUCAGUCAAGACUACGUUAACGGGACCGACCAGGAGGAGAUAAGAACGGGGGUUGACCAAUGUAUCCAGAAGUUUCUGGACGUUGCCAGGCAGACAGAAUGUUUCUUCCUUCAGAAAAGACUACAGUUGUCUGUCCAGAGGCCUGAACAGGUUGUCAAAGAGGAUGUAUCUGAGUUGCGGAACGAGCUGCAGAGGAAGGAGCUGUUGGUUCAGAAACACCUAUCCAAGCUGCACCACUGGCAGCAGGUGCUGGAGGAUGUGAGCGUUCAGCACCGCAAACCCACCGACUUGCCUCCCCCAGGCCCACUAGCCUUUCUGGAGCAGGCCUCUGCCAGCCUCCCUCCAGCUCCCAUGAAGCCCAACUAACACACACACACAUUCAUCUGGACAGCGUGGACACCAUCAGCUUGAACCUUCUCCACAGUAGUGAAACUCAGGAUCUUAAGUUCAGAUCUGAACACAGUGCAAAUUUACUCAAUAGUUAAUAUUAUUAUGUACAUUCUUAACUGUUUCCCUUUGAGUUGUGUAUAUAUUUCCAGUGGGAUAAUUAUAGGCCUACAUUUCUUUUUGUACUGAGAAUAAAUGAUGUGCCAUUUGUA